AUGGGUCAUGGACUUUCAGCCAACACAACCGGUAAUUCAACGAUUGAAUCAAACUCGAAUGAACACUAUCUCGGACUUGUAAAUUUCGGCAAUACGUGCUACUGCAAUUCGGUGCUUCAAGCUCUUUAUUUCUGUAAACCAUUUCGUGAACAUGUGUUAAAUUACCGUCUGUCACAAAAGAAUAAGAAAGAGAACUUGUUGACAUGUUUAGCGGAUUUAUUUCAUAUGAUUAUCAAUGGCAAACGGCGAACAGGUGCGUUGCAACCAAAGAAAUUCAUUAAUAAAUUACGAAAAGAAAACAGUACGUUCGAUAAUGAUAUGCAACAAGAUGCACAUGAGUUUCUUAAUCAUUUGUUGAACACUUGUGGUGACAUUUUAAUUGCUGAGAAGAAAGAAGACAAGGACAAAACGGAGAAUAGGCGGAAUAAAUCGAAUAAUGUCUUACCAUAUAACGGUGAUGGAUCGUAUAAUCGAAUCAAUCCAACGCUAAAUUCAAAUGAUUUGUUAAAUGGAACGAGUUCAUUGACAGAUGAGACUUGGAUACACGAACUUUUCCAAGGAACACUCGUAUCGACAACGAAAUGUCUCAAUUGUGAAACGGUUAACAGUAAAGAUGAGAAUUUUCUCGAUCUAUCCAUUGAUGUCGAAGAGAACACUUCAAUCACCACAUGUUUACGAGUAUUUAGUAAUACAGAAACAUUAGCUGGUGAAUCGAAGUAUUUCUGUGAAACAUGUUCGAGUAAACAAGAAGCAACAAAAAGAAUGCGCAUCAAGAAACUACCACGUAUAUUAGCAUUGCAUUUAAAACGUUUUAAAUAUGUGGAAGUUUUUAAACAGUAUAAAAAAUUAUCAUAUCGCGUUGUCUUUCCAUUCGAACUUCGUUUAUUGAAUACUUCGGAAGAUUGUACAAAUAACGAUCGCAUCUACGAUCUUGUUUCUUUGGUUGUUCAUUGUGGUAUUGGACCUAAUCGUGGACAUUACAUAGCUGUAGUUAAACGCGAUGGUUCUUGGCUUGUAUUCGAUGACGAAACUGUUGAUAGAUUGGAUCCGGCGAAUUUCGAAGAAUUCUACGGCGUUUCCCAUGAUCUCGGUCGGCAAUCUGAAACUAGUUACAUUCUAUUUUAUGAAAGUCGUGAUGUGUUCGUCGAGUCAUAG